UAAACAAUUAGUUUAACAAAUCAAAGAGACAGUAAUAUAUAGUCAACGCGACAAAAUAUAUAGUCAUCGGAGUUUUCGUCACGCUGGGUUUUGCCUUGGAAAUUACGUCGAAAUUAAGACGGCUUAAUAUUCAAAUCAUAUAAAGAAACAUAUUCCAAUUUAACAUAAUAUCAAUGGCAAGUGACCAAGACUUUUGUGAAUGUAGACCUUUGGGUUUCUUCAUUGGAUUACCCUUUGCUCUAUUAUCAUUAAUUUUAUCUCUUAUAGGAGCAAUUAUUUGGAUUAUCGGGUCAAUAUUGAGUUGCUGCUGUCCUUGUUGCAUAUGCUGCACAGGAUUGCUCAAUGUUGCUGUAUGUUUGAUAAAGCUUCCAGUUCGAAUUCUUAGAUGGUUUGUUAACAAAAUUCCUUGUUAGAGGAUAAGUACUAUUAAUUUGUAGCAUAAAUCCUUUUUUUUUCUUUCUUUCUAUAUUAUUGUAUUCCAAUUUGGAAUUAGUUUUGUGGGAAUUUCUCAAUUGAAACAAAUAGUAUAGUUUAGUUGUUAUGUAUAGAGAAGUUACAUAUAAAGAGCUUCUCAUUGUAGAAUUAUUUCUAUUUUAUUCAUUAAAAAUAUAGUUAACACUAGUGUAAAAGCUCUUUUUGGGGUUUUUUUUUGUUGUUGAUAAAAGUUAAUUAAUUGCAAUAUUCAAUUCCUAACUGUCUAUUAUUUUUGGUUCAUUUCUAUUUAUAUCUAAAGAAAAUAGAAAAUCUGUUUCUAGAACCCAAAUUCCUUUAAACUCCAACUAAACUGAUAAUUAAUUUUUUUUGAUCAAAAACUGAUAAUUAAUAGACUAGAUGUAAGUUUUUGUUUGAACUUCAAUAAAUUAGUUUUUACGAAUUUGUACUAUCUUAAAAUAUGAAAAUAUAUAAGUAUCUUGAAGCCUGAACUUUUUUUGCAAGACAUUCUCUUGCAUUUGAUUAUGUCCUUGUAUACAGGGUGUAUGUAUGUGUGUGACUUAAUUAUGACAACUUUUCUUAAAGAAAUUUGUAUAUACCCUAUAUACAGGGUGCAUGUAUGUGUCAUUUUAAUAGGAUGCAUGUAUGUGUCAUUUUCCUCUAAAAAAAUGUAUGUAUCAUUUUAAAUUCCGCAAUUGAGAGGUUGCUUAUUAUCUUACAUAAUGUAGCACAUUUAUUUACCUUUGUUUUACUGGAAAAUGGUACAAACAUGAGGCCCUUUUGUUGAGCUUGGGAGGUUAACUUCGUUGGAGUAAGCUGCCAAAGUCCUUUUAAUUAGGUUUUGAAGUCAGCAUGUCAAAGUCCUCUCAUUCAAGUUGAAGAACUAAGUUGGGACCUUCCUUUACUUAGGUUCUGAAGUUAAUUUUUGAGGCACC